CAGUCUCUCUCUCUACGCUCCAAAGACCAAAAAACCCACCGAUUCAAUUGAUCAGUUCGCUCUCUGGAAAAAAAUGACCGAUUCCGACGGAACCGCCGCCGCUCCCGCGGCCGAAGAUCCCAUCUCCGCCCCGCCGCUGAAGCAAGCGGAAGACAAGAUGAUGCUGCCGCCGGCGUCAUCACCAGGUCCAGCAGCCAGAAGCGGUAUUCUCAGCAUUUGGCCCCCUUCGCAGCGCACCCGCGACGCCGUCAUUUCUCGCCUAAUCGAGACCUUGUCCACUCCCUCGGUUCUCUCCAAGCGUUACGGCACGAUUUCGACCGACGAGGCCGCUGACGCCGCUCGCCGCAUCGAGGAGGAAGCCUUCACCGCCUCCAGCGGCUCCACUACUUCCCCCGAGGACGACGGGCUCGAAAUCCUCCAGCAGUAUUCCAAGGAGAUCAGCAAGCGGAUGCUGGAAACCGUCAAGGCUCGGGCCGGGUCGGAUACCGCCUCGAGUAACGUUGCUCCGGCGACGACUUUUCCUGUUGAUGUGGCGCGUCCCGCCGAUUCAGCUGCCCAAGAAGCUCCUCCGGCUUCUGACCAGGCUGCCGCUUGAACUUUGUUAGGAACUUUUAACUUCACGUGGUAUGUGUUCUACUUUGUUCUAGGGUUUACUGUAAUGCUCGUCUUUGUGUACAAGAUUGAGAUCUAUCCGUGCUAAAUUAUGCCCUGAUUAUAUGAGAAAUAACUUCUGCAAGGUGCUGUCUAGGGUUUUGGGUUUCUAUUGCGUGCAGUAUGAUUGGGGACAUUCCCCUAUCAGUUUGCUGUGUUUUCUUGAUUUAUCUCUGUAUGGUGUCGAUUCUGGGGCUGUGAUUACCCAUUUCAUUGCUGGAUUGGUAUCAGAGCUUUGUGUGAAACAAUUUUGUUUUCAGCUGAGACUUUGUGGUGGAUUAGGGGGAAAGAAAAUGUAGUGAUGGGUAAGCUCUUAUUGUUAUAGAAGAUAGGUUUAGUCACCAUUUCCAGUGGUGUUUCCUUGUGAAUAGUUAGAAUCUCACUAAGAUCAUAGGUACGAUACUAGUAAGCUGCCUUUCCUCUGGUUUUGAUUCCUGUUGUGCUUUUUUUACUUGUACAAGAAUCCAAUCUCACUAAGAUCAUAGGUACAAUAUUAGUAAGCUAAUAUUUAGAUUAAUAGAUUACAAACAAGCGCACAAUGUACUUGUGAUUAAGCUCUUUUUUCUUUUUUUAGGAGCUAUUAUACAGCAGAGUUGGCAAGUUACAAUGCGUGCAAUAGUUGCAUCGAACAUCCUUGUCAUUUGAUCUUUAUGUCAGGCUAGUAACAUAUCUUCUAUAGCUAAGUGCUUAUGGGCAGAACAUGCCUGAGAAUGUACUCAUUUCUGCCUCACUUUAUAGUUACUUCCUCAUUUAGGAUGCACUCCUGUCUUCCACUUGUAAUUUUCACAAGAAGCCCAACUGGUAGAUGUUUUAUGUUGGGAAUGAUCUAUGGAAAUUGAAAGCUAGAGAAGGGUUGUAUGUUCUGGAAUUGGCUGCUUACAGUAGUACCUACCUCAUUUGCCUGCUGCAUUGGUUUUCCCUCAAGUUUCCAAGGGGAAAUGAUGAUAGAACAGAGGCUACUUACACUUUUACUGUGGAUGUGAGCUGACCAUCAAUCUUUAGAGUACUUGAACUCUUUGUGUACUGUUCUGUUUUUGUUUCUGUAUAUGAACCUUCUUUCUCUGCAAUUUCGAAGGUUAUCACUGUUUGUAUCACUGAUCAACUCCUUUGAGCAUGAUAUCAAAGUAUGCAUAUGUUGUUCCUAUGUGGUAUUGAAGCCGUAGGUCUCUACUGAUCUCAAGUAACCCCCAAAAAACAUUCAAAAUGUAUUCUUAUUCAUGAUGCACCGCUCUGCAAGUUCUAUCACCGUUGCAUCUGAAUUCUCUAUUGUAACCCCCAAAAACUUAAAAAUGUAUUCUUAAUUAUGAUGCACUUGACUGUAAGUUCUAUCUCCCGCAUCUGAAUUCUCUAUUGCUAGUGAAGUAUGCUUAUCAAUACAGUUGACAUAUCUUAAAGUCUGAUAUGAAGUUGAGGACUUCUACUAGUGUUCAUUUGCUUGGUUACAAUCUACCUGAAUUCUGCAUCUCUUUUAAUCCUCAUAUUUAAGUUUCCCUUAUAUUUCUCAACCGUCCAUCGACAGGUAUCGUGGAUAUCAUCUUCUGCUACUUCUGGUUAGCGCAGGUGGAGCAUUUUUUGUUUGGAUUUUUGGUCGACUCUCAUCUGCUACGUUACUUCACAUCCAUCUGCUGCUUAGCUUAUGAUAUUUUCCGUGUGUUCCAUCUGCAUUGUCAUUGGUUUAGCAGCGUAGCUUUACUUAAAACUAGGUGUUGUUGCUAGUUACUAGCUACUACUUACUACAGCAAUGAAAUUAAUUGUUCGAUGGAGAACUUCAAUCCAGUUGAGUCGUAGUGGUUUCCAGAGUUUUGACACCUGAGUAAGGUGUCCCGUAACACGAGCGCUUAAAAGGCGCUCCAACCUUUAUUCAAUAACUGAACGGGGUGUUUGAACCCUCAAUAAUAUCAUGGUACAACCAGUAAGCCAAAACACUAUCCAGAUUCACAAUAUUAUGCAAACCAAUAAGAAGAGAGUGACCCAGAUUAGCGAGGUAGUCUGCAACAAUGUUCGCUUCCCUGUAAAUAUGAAUAAUGAGGACUUGCCAGUCCCGAGCUACGGAGUUUCUUCCGCUAUAUACAUAUGUAAUCUAUCAGUUUUAUUUUUUCCGGGGUGUCAUCAUACAACCAAUAGAUCCAUUGAGAUAAAUGCUCAUUUUCUUUGUGAAGGCCGACGCUCUCAGUAAUGGGCACCUGCCCCAGCUCCAGUCUCCGCCACAUGCAAAAGCAGGUAAGAUAUAAAAUUGCAUGUCAUUU